ACGUCCGGCUAACUUGUUUGCUGUUCUUAUUUUUCUUUUUUGCUUUUAUAAUCCGCUAUUUUUUCACCGUUAUUGGCAAUGGCGGACGGCUAUUGGAGGUAUGGAGACGCAAGGCAGGCUCCUAUGCCUUCCCUCGCCGGAAAACGUUCUCGCUCCGACUACGAUAUCCCUGGUGGUCAUGAAUUUCCCAGUUAUUUUCCUCGUGAUGAUGAAAGAGGUGCACCCCGUGCUACGAGAGACACUGAAUCCAUUGGAGCAUCUUAUGAUCGUUAUCUGCGCCAAUCGCAAAUGUCAUCUUACGGUGGUGGAGAAUCGGGUCGACCAAUGAGUGCAGGAAUGACUGGACAUCCUGUUGAUGAUCCGCGCAUGAUGUCAGUUGGGGGCAUUGAGCCAGGCAUGGCUGGAAAAGGCCGGAACAUGGGUUUCGGUGGUGGAAGACCUGAAAUGCCUCUCCCCCCAGUGGGGGGCAUUGAACCAGGUUUGGCUGGAAAAAGCCGGAACAUGGGGUUUGGUGGUGGAAGACCUGAAAUGCCUCUUCCCCCAGAUGCUUCAAACACUCUUUUUGUGGAGGGCUUACCUGCAAACUGUACACGCAGGGAAGUUUCCCAUAUUUUUCGUCCUUUUGUAGGAUUUAGAGAAGUGAGACUCGUCAGCAAGGAAUCUAGACAUCCUGGAGGAGAACCACUUGUCCUCUGCUUUGUUGAUUUUUCAACUCCAGCCCAGGCGGCGACUGCAUUGGAUGCCUUGCAAGGUUAUAAAUUUGAUGAGCAUGACCGGGAUUCAGCCAAUUUAAGGCUACAAUUUGCUCGUUAUCCUGGUCCAAGGUCAGGUGGUGGGCCUCGUAGCAGGCGUUGAAUAGUGCCGUAUUCCAGGUGAUAAACGCUACCUUGAUCCGCUUGAAUCAGGGAGGUUUCGAUUGUGAGGGAUGUUACAACUGCGUUACAGAAUAAAGUUUACUCAGAAAUUGUUGAACGGACACUUCACUGUAGGAACCACUUGGGUCAGGAGGUUUCCAAAUAUGAGGGACGGUUGGUAGUGUUUUGCUUGUGGUUUCCGUUUGGACUAGGACUUCGCAAACAUAUUGAUAGCUGCACUACUAGCUUUUUUACUUGCGCUACUAUAUAUGUUUGAGUCUUUUAGAGUUUGAGACUGAAACUCUGCUGUUUUUUUUAUUUAAAUGGUUAUGGGAUCAGAAUUUCGAGUCUUGAGAGUUAAAAUGAAAAAAAAAAUUUAUUUGGUUCAGGAAAAUGGGUAUGAUUCAUGUCAUUUUAUGUAUUGUUCUUCUUCUAUAUUUGGCUUUUAU